AUGAUCAACGAUCAGGAUUUGGCACCCAUGGUGCCUUUGAAUAGCAAAGAACAGCCUCUGGUCGAAAAGGCUAGGGGGUGGCGAGAAAACCUCGACGCUGACGACAAAGCUGUCCUGGCCCUGCGAAACCUCAUAUUCGAUAUCUGUCAUCAAAAUGGUGGCGGGCACGGCGGCUCCGCCAUUGGUAUGGCUGCUAUUGGUGUUGCUUUGUACAAGUACACAAUGAGAUACAAUCCAUCUAAUCCAGGAUGGUUCGAUAGAGAUCGAUUUGUCUUAUCUAAUGGCCAUACUGCUAUGUUCUUGUAUGCUUUGAAUCAUCUUGUUGGCUAUGAGAACUUUACAAUGGAUGAAAUCAAGGGCUACGGUAGCGCCAAAACUGAUGGUUAUACUACCAUUUGCCAUGCUCAUCCGGAAAUCGAGGUUCCAGGUGUUGAGGUUACCACAGGACCGUUAGGCCAGGGUAUUGCCAAUGCCGUCGGCCUUGCAAUCGCCAGCAAGAACCUCUCAGCGCGCUUCAACCGGCCUGGGUUUGACGUUGCGACCUCUCGCAUAUUCUGUUUGACCGGAGAUGGCUGUUUGAUGGAGGGUGUGGCCCUUGAGAGUAUCUCACUAGCUGGAAAUCUACAGUUAGAUAACCUGGUGGUCAUAUACGACAACAACCAAGUUACCUGCGAUGGACCCCUAGAAUGGAUCAACGUCGAAGACGUCAAUGCGAAGAUGCGUGCCAGUGGGUGGCACGUCCUCGAGGUGGAUGAUGGAUCUUACAAUGUUAAAACUCUAGUAUCAACACUAGAGUAUGCAAAGACCCUUGUCAGCAAGCCUGUUUUCAUCAAUGUUCGUACUGUCAUUGGUCUUGGCACCUCAACUGCGGGUACAUAUAAAGCACACCAUGGAGUUUUCGAUUCCGGGAGUGUGGCCGAAUCGAAACGUCUUGCAGGACAAGAUCCAUCAUCAACGCAUCAAGUUCCCUCCGACGCCUUGGAAUUCUUCAGAGAAAGGAAACAACACGGCCAAAAUCUAGAAGCUGAGUGGAAGGACUUGCUUGAACGAUAUCAAUCGAUGCAUCCCAUGCUAGCCGAAGAGUUCCAGAAGAGGCGAGCUGGCGACAACGGUAAUGAGUGGAAAAAAGCUCUUGAGGGAAUAGACUCAACCCAGUUUAUCGGAAAUGCAACUCGUGAAGUGAGUGGUUCUCUCAUGGAGAUUCUUUGGAAAACUCACCCCGCGCUUGCUGGAGGGGGAGCAGAUUUGGUCAACUCCAACAAAAUUCCCUACGAAGCAGCUCAAGUAUUUCACCCUUCCACGGGACAAAGUGGACGCUAUAUACGCUAUGGGAUUCGUGAACACGCCAUGGCGUCUAUCUCAAAUGGUAUUGCAGCCUAUAACCCGAAUACCUUCCUUCCGUUCACAGCCACUUUUUUCAUGUUUUAUAUUUAUGCUGCCCCCGGCGUUCGCAUGGGUGCUCUAAGCCACUUACCAGUCAUCCACAUUGCGACACAUGAUUCAUUUGCAGAGGGUCAAAACGGUCCGACCCAUCAGCCUAUCGAGCUGGAUUCUUUGUAUCGUGCUAUGCCAAAUUUGACUUACAUUCGACCUUGCGAUGGCGAAGAAGUCAUUGGAGCAUGGCUCCUUGCGUUAUCCAAAACCUCAGGCCCUUCCAUGCUUUCCCUUGGUCGUGAUCCAGUGGGUACAGUACCAAACACUGAUCGGUCUAAGGUUGGUAGAGGCGCAUACGCCGUCAUUGAUGUGGAGAAGCCAGACCUCAUUCUCGUCAGCUGCGGAACUAAUUUGCACUAUGCUGUUGCCGCAUCUAAGAAUUUGUCUGACUCUGGAGUUGCUACACGAGUAGUUAGUGCUCCGGCUUUCACCUAUUUCGAUGCACAAGAACAAUCUUAUCGAGAGUCUGUCUUUCCGCUAGAUGGCACGCCCAUCAUCAGUAUUGAGGAAUACGUUGCGACAACAUGGGCACGCUACGUAACAGCAAGUAUCGGAAUGACAGACUAUGGCUACUCUGCCUCAAAUGCCAGCAACUAUGCUAGAUUCGGCCUCGAUGCGCAAGGAAUAGAAGCCAGAGCGAAGGCUUAUCUGAAGGACUUGAAUGGACAAGACGCUAGGAAGGCAGGGUGGCGCCAGAUUUAA